CCUGGCCAGUGGGGGCGCUGUACACGCGCCGAGCGUACUCUGUAAACCGUCAGCCAUCUGCCGCAGUUAGUUAGCUCCAGCGGGAAUGGAAAAUGGAGGAUUGACCGAAGAAAGAGCGAGGGCAUAUCAUCGGUAUUUCUAGCGUGUAGAUCUGUUAACCUUUACCAAGACUGAUGAUUACUGCUUCAAAGACUUUGUUUAAUCUGAAGAAGCUCUCUGCUACCCAUCACUGCUGAACAGCAGACACUCAGUUUGAAAGUAGUGCUUGACUCCAUCAUCUAUGGAGGAGAAUGUGAGCCCUGAGCUCUCUCUAGCUCCUGAGCAAGAGCAGAGCCAGGACUGCAUGGAUAGCUGCUCUCAAGGUGUUGGAGAAGGGGAUAGCGAGCAAAAGGAACCGUUUCAAUCUGAAAACGAGAAUGUGGCCAAAGAGACAUUAGAGGAGCCAGAUAAAUCUUCCAAGGCCAACAGUGAAGUAAAGAAGACUUGGGGUUUCCGUCGGUCCACUGUCGCAAAGAGAGAAAUGCCAGUGGAGACAGCAACCAACAGCUCUGAAAACCGCUGUCCUGUACGCCGCAGUGGUAGGCAGUCAAAGCGUACAGACAAACUAGAGGAAUUCCUCUUGACUGCCAAAAGAGGGUCACGAAAGAGUGCUCCUCCCAGUCUGGAAAGUGGAGAUCCUCCUUCUCAAACCCCAACUGAUGCAGAGACUGCCUCAGAGGCCAGCUUUGAUGGUAAUGCUGACACCAAGGCUGCAGAGGACAAGGUAGAGUCCCCAGAAAGGAGGACGAGAAGUGGUGCAAGGAAGCAGACUCAAAGGAAAACCAGAGGUGGCAGGCAGACCAGAGGAGGUGGUGGAGCGACAGCCAACGAUGAGGGCAGCUCUGAGAAUGAAGAGGACAGCAGAGAUUCUGCCAAAAAAGACCAGUUACAGGAUAACAAUGAGGAGAAGAAAGAUGAAAAGAGUGAGCCCAGUCCUGAAGAUGAGGAGAAUACCAAUACAGCACAGGCUCAGCCAGAGCAGGACUCUGAGAAGAAAGAAGCUGCUGAGGAGAAAGACGAACAUGGAGAUAAUAAAAAUUACAAAGCAGAGUCAGAGACUGAUGGGGACAGUGCAGACAAGCCUGCAGGAAUGGUGGUGAAACGUGGACCAAUAAGAACAUAUGUCAAUAAAAAGAAGGUGGUCAAUAAGAACGCUUCUCCUGUCAAAGCUCUUGUUCCUGCCAAUAAGACUGCCACUCCUGUCAAGAGGGAGACUAAGCCUAAAGUGAACCAAACUGCUGGAAAGACUCGCAAGCCUCAGACACAAGAGGAGGAGGAGGAUGAUGAUGAUGAGGAGGAGGAGGAGGAUGAGGAUGAGGAUGAGGAUGACUCUUCAACAUCAUCAUCUUCAUCAUCCGCAGAGUCUGAUGGAGGAUAUGACCCUAAUGCACUUUACUGCAUCUGUCGCCAGAAACACAACAAAAGGUUCAUGAUUUGCUGUGACCGCUGUGAGGAAUGGUUCCACGGAGACUGUGUGGGCAUCACUGAGGCCCGCGGGCGCCUGAUGGAGAGAAACGGGGAGGACUACAUCUGCCCCAACUGCACUGCUAAGAAAAAUCAGGUGGUCAGGCCUGCCACAUCCAUCCUCUCUGCAAGUACAGAGGCCAGCAAGACCAAAGCUCCAAGUUCCGCUGAGGCCUCUUCUGCAACUGCUGAGAGAGCUAACUCUAGUGGAGCAGACUCCAGUUGGACAGCUGCUCAGGCUGCGGCAGCACCUCCAUCCUCCACAUCUACUGGAACUGAAGAGAAGGGAGCAGAGGACGUGGGCAUCAAAGGCAGGAUAGAGAAAGCUACUAAUCCAACUGGGAAAAAGAAGAUAAAGAUCUUUCAGCCGGCAAUACAUCAGACAGCUGAACCAAAAGCAGACCAGAAGGCGGCGGAGAAGAGGGCAGCACUCACAGCAGAGCAGAAAGCACUAACAGACACAGAGCAGAAAGUGGCGUCAAAUGUGGAGGUGAAAACAACACCAGCAGUGGACGCGCCAGAGGAGAAGACUGGGCAGAGGGCAGAUGAGGAGUCUUCCCUUCCCAAAUGUAUCGGGCCUGGGUGUGAAAAUAACGCCCAGCCAGACUCUGUUUACUGUGGAAAUGACUGUAUCUUGAGACAUGCAGCUGCUGCCAUGAAGUCCAUCACUGAUGUCAAAGAGCCCAAGCAGAAGGACAAGGCCAAGGCUCCGAAAACCAGGUCUACAUCAAAGAGGAGUGCAGCUGGUGGGAAGAAGACGCAGAAGAAGACCCAGGAGGAGUCGGACAGUGAGGAAGACCACAGUCCUGAUCCAGAUGAGGACGACGAAGAUGAGCAUGCUGAGGAACACCCACCCCCGCCGGCCACUGCGUCCUGGUCCAGCGACCAUAAUUACAUUGCAGUAACACCAGAAAAGACUACACCCAUAUCUCCAACAGUGUUAAACAAAAAGUCCCCUCCCAAAGAAGAGAAGCAGACUGAGAAGGAACAGAAAGAGAAAGAAGCAGCCCCAGCUCCUGAGAAACCUUCCCCAGCGCCUACAACACCAGUCAAAGGAAACAAGAAAUCCCUGACCACUAAAGCCGCCAAGGUUUCCCCAAAGGGCAAGAAGUCUUCCCUUCAAGCCAACAGCUUAAAGAAAUCCAAGAAACCUGCGACGCCACCAAAUAAAACCCCAUCAAAGUCCAAGAAAUCAGGCCCACUGCCCGCCCAUGCCCCACCUCCCUUUCCUCCAGGCCCAAUCCACGUCACAGGAGCGCUUAGAGUCACCAAGUCUAACUUCACCAUUCCGAAGAAGCAGCCACAACAAAAGGACGCUACAUCCCACAGUCAUUCCUCCUCAUCCUCUAGAGUCCCAUCAUCUCCAGUUUCUUCAUCUCCCUCCAGCCACUCAUCAUCCUCCAGAUCCUCACAUUCAGCUGCUCCUGCACCCCCUAUGCCUCCACCACCCAACAACCAGAUGAGACAGAACAUCCGCCGCUCGCUCACAGACAUCCUGUAUAAGAGGGUUAGCGACAGUGAUGAUCUGAAAAUGACUGAGAGUGAGGUGGGAAGACUGGCAGUUGCCAUUGAGAAGGAAAUGUUCAACCUCUGCCUUAGCACUGACAGCAAGUACAAGAACAAAUACAGAUCCCUCAUGUUCAACCUGAAAGAUCCUAAAAACAAAGGCUUAUUUUACAGAGUUGUGGGUGGCGAGGUUAGUCCCUUCAGGCUGGUCAGACUAAGCGCUGAAGAGUUGCUCUCUAAAGAAAUAUCUGAGUGGAGGAAGCCUGAUGCUCCUGAGGCCCAGUCUCCCAGUACAAGAGCCCAUUCAGGACAGUCCAGACUGGGCAACAGGCAUGACUCUAGCUCUCAUAGCAUGGAUAUGGAGGACGCUCCACCAACAUCUGAUGCAGAUGUAUGUAUCUCUGCCACCACUUCAUCUCGCAUGGCUUCUGCUGCAGACCAAGAUGAGUCUUGCUCCACUCCUUCAGCUGCAGCUCAGACCUCUGCUGUUGAGGGGGGCAGUGGCAGCAGCAUGCCAGACAUUUUCAGUAGCAUGCUCAAAGACACCACUUCAGAACACAGGACUCAUUUGUUUGAUCUCAACUGUAAAAUAUGCACAGGUCAGAAGAUGGAUGAUGAGUCAGCAGCUAAGAAAGCCAAGCUGAACAAGAAGCCGGAAACUAAACCACCUAGACAAGAGCUGCAUUCGGCCAGGUCAGGAGAUGUCUCUCCUGUGGUCCAACCACAGGUCCCUGCAGCCUUCCAGCACCAAGAACCCAUAGUUUACCAACACCCAGGCCCUCCAGCGUACAACAUGGAUGUCCCUGAAUCACAGCAGCAGCCUUACCAGGAGGACCUCAACAUGCUGGUACCCCCACCUCAGGCCCCUGCACCUGUCGCCCCCACUGUUUCCUCUGUCAGCAUCACCCGCAGAGACCCACGCAUGGCCAGGCACAGCUCCGGUGUGACUGUCACCUACACGGCUCCAGAAAAGCCUACCAACCACUCAGCAGAACCACUCCCAGCUCCUGUUAGUGCUCCAUUGGAGGUUGGACCCAAGGUACCACUGCCGAUGCCCCCAGCAUCGCCAUCUUCAGUGGCUGUCUCCAAAUCAGCUAAAACAAGUACAUCUGAGCCGCCUCUGGAAGGAUCCUUCGAACACCUGAAGGAGGAUUUGCCAGACACCAUUCAUAUUGGAGGACGAAUUUCUCCAAACACAGUGUGGGACUAUGUUGGGAAGCUGAAAACCUCGCUCUCCAAGGAGCUGUGUCUGAUCCGUUUCCAUCCAGCCACAGAGGAAGAGGAGGUAGCAUAUGUCUCUCUCUUCUCUUACUUUAGCAGCAGGAAACGAUUUGGUGUGGUGGCUAACAACAACCGCCGCAUCAAAGACCUCUAUCUCAUCCCACUGGGCUCAAAGGACCCUUUACCCUCCAAACUAUUACCGUUUGAUGGGCCAGGGCUUGAACCAGCUCGUCCCAAUCUCCUCUUGGGGCUGUUGAUCUGCCAGAAGGACAGAAAGCGUGCUGGUGCUCCACUGGAAACCGAAGAGAAACGGUCCAAGACUCAAACCAAAGAUGCUGAUGACACUGUCCUAAAGCCAUCUUCCUCCGUCAGAGCAGAAAGAAGCACACGGCAGAGUCUAGAAAUCCCUUUCAGCACAACUCCUCCAGGAUCACCUCCAUCCAGCUCCUCUGAAAAUUCAAAUAGUACCACAACAGCAUCCUCAGUCUUUUCCCUCUUGUCCUCUGUCAAAGCUCCAGCCACUUCCACUACCACUGGCAAGGACUCCCCAUCCUCAUCUAGUUCUGUUGCUUCCUCAGCAGCAGCUGCGACUCCUCUUCAGACCAUCCUUAAAACUCUUUUUGGGAAGAAAAAGCAUGACUCAGAAGCUUCUAACUCUCCAUCUGAUCAGGGUGGAGAACUCUCUGUCCCACCAUCCACAAUGCUAGACCCCAUUGUGCAGCAGUUUGCACAGAUUUCUAAAGAGAAACAGGUGGAAGAGGAUGAAGAUGACCGCCCAUAUGAUCCAGAAGAAGAGUAUGACCCCAGUAGGGGCUAUAGUGUGCCUAAGAAGCCUGUUGAGAUAGUAAGCAAACCUGAAGUCUCCAUGCAGCCAGAAGUGGUUGCGAAUGAAGCUGAUGAUGUGGCAUAUGACCCAGAAGAUGACUCCAUUUUUGAAGAGGUCAAAACUUUAGUCCCAGAUCAAGCUAAGGCUACACCUGAAUGUAAAACUGAUCCACAAAAGAUCCUGGAGAGCCUUAAACAGAUCGGGGAUCAGACAUUCCAGAAACAGGGAGAUCAGCAAAUGUCAUCCACAGUGACAACUGGUGCCUCACUGACACUGCCAGACACGACCUUAACUCAGCCUACCAAAUCCCUAUUGGCCAAUAGUCAGCUAUUGCAGCUUGGCAAAAAGGUUGAGGAACUAGUGAAGUCUACUCCUUUGAUCAACCAGAGAAGAGAUCCCCGACAGAGCAGGGAUCCUCGCCAGGCUUCGGCCGGCAGGAAAUCAACUGAUGAACCCGAGGACAAAGAGGAGACAUCUGCUCUGUUGGCAGAUUCUACUCUUACUUCAGGGGCACAGCCGCCUAAUGUUCCUGAACUCCCAGACUCCUCACAAGGUGUAGAGACAUCAGUGCCUGAAGAAGAGGUGAAAGACGAGACGCUACCUUUCAUGGAGUCAGAUAGGGCAGAGGUGUCAAUUCCUUUAUUAGGAGAGGAUGUGGAACCUGAUAUGGAGGUCAACUACAUGGACGAGAAAGACGUGGAAACUGAGGAAGGUGAGCCAGUCAAGACAGAAACAGAGAUGGACAAGUACAGUAUUUGGCCAAAUGCAGCCAGUAUUUUAAAAGCUGGUGAAGACUCAGAGUAUGAGGAGAAUAGCCAAGAUACACCAACUACAAGCUAUUAUAAAGAGCAUGACAACACUUCAACCAUCCCAGUACUCACUCAGAGCACAACAAUGGUUGAGACUCAGUCCCAUCACAUGUCGCAUCACAUGUCAGCGCCAGGCUUUGACAGCGAAUACAGGCCUCCAGCUGAUAUUCCUCCAUUAUCCAACUUCCCCCCACCCCAUCAGAUGCAAGGACAAAAUCUUAUAAUGAGGCCACCGCCAAUGUCUAUGCCACCACCCAUGCAAAGUCUUCCUCCAAUAUCGGGGCCCCCUCCCAUGCAGGGACUCCCUCCGCCCAUCCAUGUUCCUCCCCCUGUACGUGCCCCUCCUCCAAUACAAGGUGACAGUCAGCAAUAUGUCCCACCUCCAGCCACAUACCCUCCCUAUCAGAGCCAGUGGCCAGGCACCCAGUCGCCGCAGCAGCAGUCUCUUCCUGGACCACCUCCUCAGAAUAUCAUGCCACCCAGAGGACCACCACCACCAUUCCCUCCAAUGGCCCAGAGAGGCCCCCCUCCUCAAAUGUUUGAUCCCUCCAUUCCUCCUCAACACAUUGGACAGCAAGGCCCCCCUCCGAGCCUCCCUCCACCCCCUACGUUUGAUGGACAGAACAGUUUACCUCCAAGAUUCACAGGUCCACCACCACCUUUCAGUUUCCCUGCAAAUAGAGGUCCCCCUCCACCUUUCACAGGUCCACCUCCUAGUCACUUCGAUAACAGGCUUCCUCCUCCGUCCCACUUCUCAGGGCCUAGGGGCCCUCCUCCAUCUCAGUAUGACCUUGGGGCUCAACCCCCAAUUAUAGACCAACCACAAGGCCCUGCAGAGCAGUAUAACAAAGACACCGCUAACUCUUUCAAACUAAAUGUGGAUCAGAACUCAAACUCACUCCAUAUUUUUAAAGACAACCAGGGCCCCCCAGCUGGUCCACUGUACCGGGGACUUCCACCUAACCAGUAUGAGGAUAGAAGAGGCCCACCUCCCAGUGGGGAAAUAAGCGGGCAACACUUCAGUCCACAUAACCAGUAUGGGAGCUCCAGACCGCACUCCUCACCACCACAUCGAGGAUCAUUUGACGAUCUUAGAGUUCCUUUGCCUCAGGAAAAUAGACCUCAUCCUUCUCAGCCUUUUGGAGGAUCAGAGCGGUACCGCUUCGAUAGGCACUCAGAUGAGGCUAGACCUGUUCGCCACAGCGGGCCACUACUGCCAACUCCUCCAGACGUUCCCAUAGGUCCUCCAAGUCGUAUAGGAGCCCACAGUCCAGACCUGCACAGGGACGACCACUGGCGUCGUCACUCUCCUGAAAUGAGGAGGAGGAGCACCACCCAGGAGGACCCAGAACCUCGCAGUGGAGAACGCUUCAGCCGCUUUGAAGGAGGGCAUAGAGAACCUGCCCCUGGUCCCUUGCAACCCUCUGAAGAGAGACCAAGGGAGCUGUCCGAGGAUCGCAGGAGGGAAAGAGAGCGUGAAGUCCUCCACACUGGCAGGCCAUCAUGGGACAGGGGUCAGGGAAAGAGGUGGAGCCGGGAGCGAGAAUGGGACAGAGGCAGAGAAAGGGACCGGGAUCGCGAGCGUAGCCGAGAAAGAGACCGCAGCAGAGGGAGAGAGGGUGAGAGGCACAGGGAGACGGAGGGAGAGCGACACAGGGAUCAAGAGACAGACAAGAGGAGAGACAGGGAGAGAGACAGGGAAAGGGACAGGGCCAGGGAAAGAGAUUCUGACAGGAGGGACCACGACCGCGACAGAGCAAGAAACCGUGACCGAGACCGUGAUCGUGACAGAGAGCGGGACCGUGACCGUGAUCGAGAACGAGAACGAGACAGGAGGCGGGAUAGAUCCAGAAGCAGAGAGCGAGACAGAGACAGAGACAGAGACCGUGACCGAGACCGUGGCAAAGACCGAGGCAGAGACAGAGAUAGAGACCAGGAAAGGGAGCGGGACAGAGACCGGGACAAAGACCGGGACAAAGACAGAGAUCGGCGGGACAGGAGCAGAAGCCGAGAAAAGAGAGAAGAGAGAAAGGACAGUAAACACGAGCCACCCAAGGAGAGUGAUAAAACUGCAGAAAAUGACAAAAACACAUCCUAAUCUCUGUUUCAUGGACACUACUUUACAGUUCUUAGAGACUCUUAAAUCUUUCACCAGUUGAAAUCAUCACUGUAUAUGCAGUAUUUCGUUAAAUUUCCAGACUGUGUUCCUACUAUAGAAAAAUGUUCAACAACGUUUGUAUUCUUUGUCACGUAAGGUUUCUAAGUUUGUUUUAUCACAUUUGAAAACAAAAAACUGAAGGCCAUCUAAGUUGCUCAAGUACAAGAUGUAUUAAGUAGGUCACAUAGUCCUAUUGCGUGUACCUUCCUCCUGUUCAAAUUUUUUUUAAACAAAACAAUAAUGCAACUGAUUAACACACCGUUUGCAAUAUGUAAAUAUGAAUAUAUUUGUGUAUAUACUGAUGUUUUUAAUCAUACUUUUCUAAGUAGAGAAAGUAAAAGCCAUAUAUCUGAGAUGGAUAAUGUGAGAGUAAAGGCAACACUGUUGAAACACAAAUGUAUGUUUAAAUGUUGAGCAGCAUUGAACUAAAAGGCUUCAACUAUCUACAGUAUACACCCCAUCGAUGGUUGUUAAUGAAAUGUCCUGAGUUUCUUUCAGCUCAACCAAUUAAACCAGUUUGACA